ACACCUCUGUGGCUAAAUGAACAUGCGAGAAGACAUAGAAAUCAAAUCGAUGCUGACUCAAGAAGGUAUAUGUAGUUCAGUACUUAUUCCUGGUCUUGGUCAAUUGUUAUCAAGAUUUUCUUGGUAACUUCCACCUUAAUAUAAUUGUACGACAAUUGAAUAAAGCUUCUGAUUUCCGUUGCAGAGCUUAUGCAUGCUCACUUUCCCAGAGAUUUUUAAUGCGUUUUCUGUCCCUCUCCCCAGAAAGUCUCACCCUCAUAUGGACCUGAAAUCCUCUGAGGCUGCUUUUAGGUAACAUCCUAGCUAUUUCAUAGAAAAAAACUCUUUGGUCAAUUGGGUGUUUUUUAAUUUUUUGGGAAAAUAGACUGUGUCAAACCAAAUACAAGUACUCCUGUGCAACGCAAAACAUGAAAGCCUUUUACCGAGUUUUGAAGUCAACCAGCAGCUACUCCAUAUGCAUUUCAUGAGCUACCAAAUCUGUUUUACUUCAGAGAGCUAGCUAGGUGAGGCAGAAAUAAUGGAGAAAAGGCUCUAUGAUGUCGCUGCGGACGGUGACGUUUCCACUUUUGUUCAUUUGCUUCAAGAAGAUCCACUUCUUCUUGAUAAAGUAAGUUUGAAUUGCCAGGAUAAGAAUCCUCUGCACAUAGCAGCAAUGCUGGGGCAUGUAGCUUUUGUACAAGCAAUCUUAGGAGUUAAUUCUGAUAUGUGCUUGGUUCCUGAUCGAUUUGGGAGAAACCCACUACACAUUGCAGCCAUCAAAGGCAGAUUGGCGGUAUUGCAAGAGCUAAUUCAUGCUAGGCCCCUAGCAGCUCGAGAAAAAACAGAAGGUGGAGGCAACAUUUUGCACUUGUGCGUCAAGUACAAUCAGCUGGGGGCUUUGCAGAUUCUAGUCCAGACUAUAAGAGAUCAUGAGUUUCUGAAUGCCAAAAACGAUGAUGGCAUGACCAUUUUGCAUCUGGCAGUUUGUGACAAGCAAAAUGAGACCAUCAAAUACUUGCUACGGAACAAGGUAGUAGAUGUGAACACGAAAACUGCAAAUGGGAACACUGCUUUAGACCUUGUUCAGGGAGACAUUUACUCAGAAAUUGCGCGAUCUCUUGAAGACGCUGGAGCCAAAAGAGCCAAGGACAUAUCUCCCUCUGCUACUGCGGGAAAUGACGGGCAUGAAAAUAAUUCACACAGCCAGCCUUCACCGGGCGGGGAUUGGCUAGCAAGGAAAAGGGAUGCACUAAUGGUGGUGGCCUCACUUAUUGCAACAAUGGCAUUUCAAGCUGGGGUGAAUCCGGCUGGAGGCGUUUGGCAAGAUGACAAAACAGAUUAUCCAAAUCCACACAACGCGGGAGAAGCUGUGAUGGCACACAGCCAUCCAAAAUACUACAAAAACUUCAUCCGGGUUAAUACAGUAGCCUUUGUUUCAUCUCUGAGCACGAUCAUGUUUCUCAUCAGUGGUUUGCCCUUCAGGAGGAAGUUCUUCAUGUGGUGUUUAAUGGUGAUCAUGUGGUUGACAAUUUCAGCAAUUGCUUUAACUUAUGGCAUCUCGAUCGUGAUUGUAACGCCAAAAGACUAUAGAAAACAAUUGAGCCAUGUCAUCGAGACUGCUGUCACAGUGUGGUGCGGUGUGAUGGCGCUCCUGCUGCUGGGGAACACGAUUCGGUUGAUUAACAGGUGGUUCAAAGGUCGUGGUAACAAUGUGAAUCGAAGAAUUAAACGUGGGAUUGAUUCUUCAGUUCAAUCGCAAAGCAAUGAUAAGAAUGAGGGUCUUCAAAUGUGUUGAUACUACUUUGUUGAUCGAGUAAUGUUGCUUGGAUUCCAACUCAAAGCAAGAAGAGUCUGUGUAUUUUCAAAUCCUCAUCCAAAUCCACUCUCCUGUCAGGAUGACUUAGAAAGUUUACAAAUAACGAAUUUUCAAUCCAGUCGAUUUGGGUAUCAUUUCGAAUCCUUUCUUUUACAUCUCUUAGUCUCUCCCUUUGAGUAAUGCAUCUUGUUUCUGUAAGUAGUGAAGAAUGGAUAGCAUGCAAUGACCAUAGUAUUUGAUUUGACUUUGUAUUGUUGAGUGUGGUUUUAGACCUCACCUGCACAUGCUAGUUGUGAUAGUAUUGGGUUCUAGAAAUUGUUUAUGUCGUUUAAAAUACUGAAUUUGAAAUAGUCAAUUGUCAUGUGUAAUCUGAAUUAUCUUUAAAUUUAU